AUGAGAAAUCAUGAUGAUACCCUAUCUGUCAAAUUUCAUAUACGCUCUUCUUGUUCUAUUUGUUGUUCUUCUUAUUUUUCUUUUCUUCUUCACCUUCUUGCACUUGUGGUUGUUGCUGUUAAUUUCCUCUUCUUCUUCAUGUUGUUUUAUUGUUCUUGUUCAUUUUGUUUUCUUCUUCUGUUCUUCAUUUUGUUAUAUUUGUUGUUGUCGCUGUUAUUUUCUCCUUCUUCAUGUUGUUAUUUUGGUCUUCUUGUUCUUUUUGUUGAUGUUUUUCUUCUUCUUCUUCAUCAUGUUGCACUUGUUACUGCUGUUAUUUUCUUCCGCUACAAGUUGUUGUUCUUUUAUUGUUCUUCUUUUUUUGUUGUUGUUGCUCAUCUUCCUCUUCUUCUUCUAUUCGACGCAUUCCGUUACGAUGAUAUCUAUCUAUCUAUCUAUCUAUCUAUCUUUGACACUCCUAAAAUAUCGUCAAAACCUAUCUAUCUAUCUAUCUAUCUAUCUAUCUAUCUAUCUAUCUAUCUAUCUAGCUAG